CUUUUCGCUCCUAACAUGGAGCAAGCCCAUUGGGUCUCUAUUUAUUAAGAGAUGGAGAUGUGGCUUUGUACAGUGGGUACAAGUUAACGAGAACGAGAACGAGGUGGAGUCCUACCUUUAAAUAUCCUGCAACAAUCGACAAUGGCUGGCAAACAGCCUUAAUAGCGGAUGUUCCGCUUACUUCCUUCGGAGCAUAUUCCCUACCCAGGUUAAAGAGAUCUUCAGAAAAUAAAAGACGGAUUCGAUAUGGGACAGCUGAAGAAGAUUGGAUCUUCGCAAAAAGUCGUCAUUCGUCAAAACAUAACGGCUUACAUGAUUAUAUGCGGCGCAGCAUGAUGCUAACCGUUGGGUAGACCCUGCCAGCUCAGCUUUAGGAUCUCUAUCCAAGUACUGUGCAUGAGAUGAAGGUCCAAUGCAUCCACAGCUAGGCUAUUCGACAUACAUAUAUAGACUGAAGGGGCGGAUACAAAUAUAUAUGGAAGCAUCCGAGUUGCCCGAAUUACACGGCGAACCGACACAAUGUGAGAAAGUCGGCGAGGCCAUGCCCGACAUUGCGGGCUACGGAGUCUUAAUCGGUUUCAGCGUGCAAGCUUUCAUCUCGCUAGUAUUGUCUAUCUGGGCAUUUUUCCUAACGAAAUUCGGUCGUCUCCAAGUCCAAGGUGAAGAGGGCACUGCGCAACGUGCAAACGAGAAGAAACGACUCGGAUUCGUAACCGAAAUAUUAAUGGUCGGAAACGAUUUGCAAAUGAUCACCGGACUCGCACUUAUCGGCACGACACUUGCACACGGGAAGGAAAUCGACUUAUAUCAUCUACAUUUGGUUUACGACACUGUUAGUUUCGUCGGUGUUUCGAAUGCGGCGGCGUUGGUCUGCUGGACCUUCAUGAGAGCUAAAUCGCUUAAAUCGCGAUCUCAUCAUAAGAUAUUCCCGGCUUACUGGACCGGUCGCUUCCGCGUUUCAUACGCAUUCGCAGUCCUGUUCUUAGGACUCACCAUCUUCCUCGAAGUCCGACUAGAUGAAUGGUCACUUACCGCAGAAGAGGCCGGCUACUGUUAUAUAACGACAGGUCUCGCAGUUCCCGGGGCUGAUCACCCAACUGCCGACAAGGCAUAUGUAGCGACCACGGCGAUAUGGCUUCUACUCGUCAUGUUUGGUUCCUUGUUCGCCUCGGUAAAAUUCCGGAAACCGUUGCUGCUGCUCAGCGCGCUGCAAUUCCCGGUACACCUCUACAUGAUGAUCAAGUUGCGACUGGAAAACUACCCCUAUCUGGAGGGCGAGGAUGAGAAUAGAUGGGAUUUUGGACAGACAACUGCUAUCAUAUUGCUUGCUGUCACUGUUGCUCAACUGAUCCAUCAGGGGAUCGAGUAUGUUAAAUUCGAGAGUGCCUUGAAGAAAUACGGACCUUCUUAUGCGUUGGCUCAAAAGGAGGAACUUUCUGAGGUACCCUCGGUGGUUGAGCAGGGCCUUAGACAGAUCCAGGAGGCGAAGCGGAACGCGAGCAGCGUUCGUCUUGAGAGAAGCAGCGAAACAAGCCGGCAAGAGGAGAGCCACGAGCUAAUAGAGAACCCUCAACACAGAGCUUGAGUUGAAUUUAGACUGGAAUGAUGGAGAGAACAUGAGUCGGUCGAGGCUAUGCUCUGGUAGUGUUGCUUGCGUACCUUAGUUAGGUUAGGAGGACACAUGUGACCAAGUGUCGGUUUUGAAUGAAGAACCGUGAUAGCCGAAGAAAUUGCUCGGUGGUUCUUUGUAUACCCUCAGAAAUGACUUAUUUGGAUACGGGCUUACAUAUAAACGACUAUAGCGUAGUCAGCCAGUAUUAGAUACAUAGACAUGAACAUAUACCUCUACUAGGUAACGAAUGGAAUAUAUCAGUAUAUCCUAUAUUCAUUGAAGAGCAUCAUUUGAUUUGCCAGCACGGGGUUGGAUGUUAGGCAGGUAUUUGGGUUAGGUGACGUCAUGGUUUGAAGUUGAGAAGUGCCGAAAAGCUAUUGGUACAUACAGAUAUGGUACUUUGUGUUUCGUACUGAAUCUCACAAAUUAUAAGCAUGGAUGGUACUCGGGAUGUAUGUACUCUGCCAUGUGAUGGAGGUAAGUCUAUCUUUGGUUUUAGGGCUGAAGGGGAACAUGUACACUACAUAGGUAAAGUUGACAGGUCUGCAGGUGCAU